AUGGACUACCUCUCUAGGAAGCCUGUUGCAGUGUUUGACUACCUUCUCGCUGAUGAAAAUGAAAAUCAACUUGACAACGAUGGGAAUGAGGUUCUGAGCAGCAUUGCUAUGGGACGACAAGCUAAAGGUGAGCAGGACAGCAUCAAUAAUAAUGAGAAUAUGGACAGUGGAGACUGCACUCCAAGCUGUAAGGAAGAUGAAACUGAGAGGAGAUCUGUAAAUGUCCGUAUGGACCCCCAGCUGGAGGAAAAGCCUAUUACAGAAAAACAGCCAGGUGGAAAAAGAAGUCCAAGAAGCAAAAGAAGCUCCAGUAAAAAAUCUAAAGGAGUUCCUACAGUGGGAACCACAGCAGUCAAGGAGGAAAAUACUCUUAUUACAGAUACAGAUUCUGUGCAUGCUGAAGGUGCUGUUGAAGCAAAUGAAAACUUUCACCAAAAAGAACAAAAACGAACGUUGCAGUCUCUUUUCUCUUUGCUCCGUGAAGAGGUUGAGGAGGUGGAUUCAAAAAUACUGCCCCUGUGUCUCCAUCAGAUAGCCGAGACCUAUUUUCAAGAGGAGGAAUAUGAGAAGGCAAUGAAGUUCAUUCAGCUUGAACGACUGUAUCACGAGCAGCUGCUUGCAAAUCUUUCUUCCAUACAGGAGCAGUGGG